AUGGAGGUCACGGCGCCAUGCAGCACACGGCACAGCAGGUGGGGGGGCGGGGGCUCACCGGGCCCAGACGCUGGAGGGCGGGAGCAGCUGCUGGGCGUAGGGUGCCUGGUAGCAGUAGAGACAGAGGAGGUGGCCAGCGCCAAAGCAGCCCACCAGCACGCAGACCACGUUGAAGCCGCGGGCACUGAUGGGGAAGUGGCAGGCCCACCAGGUGCAGAUGGCCAGGAAGACCAGCAGGUAGACACUGGAGAGGGCCGAGGGCUGGGCGAUACCUACAGGGAGGCAGGGCACUCACACCUGGUCCUGCUAGGCUGGGCCCUGCUCCAGGGUACCUGCCUCCCCACCCGCCACCAUGGACACCCUGGGGUACCUGCUAAAGCCAGCAGCACGAUGGCCAGGAACCGUGCUGCAGCCACUAGCAGCCAGUGGGCUGUGACCCGGAAGCGGGCUGCCAGCCUGGACCUCCGCUUAGGGGCUGGUGCCUGGGCAUCCGGGGAGCUCACUGCGGUGCCAGGGGCCACUUCUCUCUCAUCGUCAUCCUGUGGAGACCACGGGGUGGGGGCCUCGCACACGGACCACGGGUCCGACACAGCCUCCGACGGUGACUGA